AUGAGAAGCUCCUGGUUUAAUAAACUGUCUCUAAUCUUCGGCCCCAGACCGCCACUCAACUGGUUACUUGUUUGUCUUGUUAGUGUUUUUGUUCUAAUUGGAUUGUUGUGUUCAUCUUCUUCAAGUACCUUUGACUCUGUGACUUCCACUACAAGACCUGACAUUUAUUCAAACUCUAGAAGGCUAAAGGAGCAAGCGGCUAGUGAUUAUUUGGAGCUAAGAAGUCUGGCUGUUGGAGCUACUGGUCAAAAGGAGUUUACUCUUUGUGGCAAAGAAAGAGAAAAUUAUGUGCCUUGCUAUAAUAUCUCUAGGAAUUUGUUAGCUGGGUUUAAAGAUGGUGAGGAGUUCGAUCGGCAUUGUGAAGUAUCACGAGAGCGACAACACUGUUUGGUUCGUCCUCCUAAGGACUAUAAGAUACCCCUAAGUUGGCCAGCUGGUAGGGAUGUGAUAUGGAGUGGCAAUGUGAAGAUAUCCAAAGACCAAUUCCUAUCUUCUGGAAGCAUGACGAAAAGGUUAAUGUUAUUAGAAGAGAAUCAAAUUGCUUUUCACUCAGAUGAUGGAAUGAUUGUUGACGGUGUCAAAGAUUACUCUCGCCAAAUUGCAGAAAUGAUAGGGUUGGGAAGUGACUCCGAAUUUCUUCAAGUUGGUGUGCGUAGCGUACUAGAUAUUGGCUGUGGCUUUGGUAGCUUUGGGGCUCACAUGAUCUCACUUAAGUUAAUGGCUGUUUGUAUUGCGGCAUAUGAGUUAACAGGCAGCCAAGUUCAGCUAGCCCUUGAGAGAGGUCUUCCCGCAGUUAUUGGAAACUUCAUUUCAAGACAGCUUCCAUUUCCAUCAUUAUCUUAUGACCUUGUUCACUGUGCUAAGUGUGGUAUCCUCUGGGACAGUAAAGGUAUAGUUAGAUUUGUUGUUCUAGGAUUGUAA